GUGUGUGUGUGUGUGUGUGUGUGAGAGAGCGAGAGAAUUUGCUGUAAGAGUGCGCAUGUGCCGUGAUUGACCACGCACUGUAUGUGUGCCAGUAUAUAUGCUUUUGCGGGGGCAUGCCGAUCGGAGUGUGUGUCUCAGACAGUGUGUGUGUUCACGUCACUCUGUGACUGCUGUGGUGCAUCUCUGGGGGGAGGAGGAGGAUAGGAUAUGAGCGGGCCUGGGCAGUGCUAGAGGGCCAUGCAGACUCUGAGCAGGCUGCAGACCUGUGGCACUCGUAAGAUGAUGGCCAUGGUCCGCACCUCCCUUCAGAAAGUGGUGGUCUUCCUACACAGGCUCCAGAGAAUGGCCAUCUCAUCCCCACGUUAUCACAAACUCUGCAAGGAUAUCCAGGCAGAGAUCGAUGCCCAUAAUGAUAUCUAUAAGAGUGUGGACGGGAAUAAGCCCAAGAUGUUCACGUCCCUGGGGACCUCUGAGGAGGCAGUGUUUCUGCAGCACAGACUGGACGACAUGAACCAGCGCUGGAGCGACCUCAAGACCAAAUCUGCCAACAUACGGGCUCACCUGGAGGCGAGUGCGGAGCGUUGGAGUCGUCUUCAGAGCCUGCUGGAGGAGCUGUGGAGGUGGAUCUGUCUGAAGGAGAAGGAACUGGCCAAACAGAUGCCCAUAGGAGGAGAUGUCCCCACCCUGCUGCAGCAGCACAACCACUGCAAGGUGUUGCGGUCGGAGCUGAAGGACCGCGAGCAUGUUGUGGCCAAUACACUGGACCAGGCACACAUAUUCCUGGCUGAGCAGCCCAAUGAGGGGCUGGGGGAACCAUGCAAGAACCUUCAGCCCAAAACAGACCUGACUCCAGAGGAGAAGGCGCAGGGUGUGGCCAGGGCCAUCAGGAAGCAGACAGCGGAGGUGCAGGAGCGUUGGGAGCGUCUGCAGGACCACGCGGGUGGAUGGCAGAGUCAGGUAGAAAAGGCCUUUGAGAGGCUACAGGAGCUCCAGAGCAACAUGGACCAGCUGGACCUGCGGCUAGACAGGGCAGAAGAGACCAAGGCUGGUUUGCAGCCUGUAGGAGACCUGCUCAUAGACUCACUGCAGGAACACAUAGAGAAGACCACGGCUUUCAAGGAGGAGAUGGCUCCUCUGAGGCAGGACGUGCAUGUGGUGAAUGAGCUGUCUGGUGAGCUGGCUCCUCUGGAUGUCCAGCUGUCCUCCACCUCCUCCAGACAACUGGAUGACCUCAACAUGCGCUGGAAACUACUACAGGUGGCCAUUGAAGAGAGACUAAAGCUCCUUCAGGAAGCCCACAGAGACUUCGGCCCUUCCUCCCAGCACUUCCUAUCCACCUCUGUGCAGCUCCCGUGGCAGAGGGCGGUCUCUCAGAAUAAGGUUCCAUACUACAUCAACCACCAGACUCAGACUACCUGCUGGGACCAUCCAAAGAUGACAGAGCUCUACCAAUCGCUUGCCAACCUAAACAACGUGAGAUUUUCCGCUUACAGAACAGCCAUGAAAAUCCGCAGGCUACAGAAAGCACUGUGCUUGGACCUGUUGGACCUGAACGUGGCCCAGAGCACCUUCGAACAACACAAGCUUACCCAGAAUGCCCAGCUGCUGACAGUGCCUGACGUGAUCAACUGUCUGACAUCCAUCUAUGACGGGCUGGAGCAGCAGCACAAGGACCUGGUCAACGUUCCGCUGUGUGUCGACAUGUGUCUCAACUGGCUGCUAAAUGUCUAUGACACUGGACGCAGUGGGAAGAUUCGUGUCCUGUCCAUGAAGAUAGGAUUGCUCUCGCUCUCCAAGGGCCAUCUGGAGGAGAAAUACAAAUACCUGUUCAGUCAGGUGGCAUCGUCAGGGGAUAAGUGUGACCAGAGACAGCUGGGUCUGCUGCUCCAUGACGCUAUCCAGAUACCACGGCAACUAGGAGAGGUCGCCGCCUUCGGAGGGAGCAACAUCGAACCCAGUGUCCGGAGCUGCUUCCAACACGUGACCAAUAAGGUGGAGCUGGAGCCCAGGCAGUUUGUUGAUUGGAUGAGACUGGAGCCCCAGUCUGUGGUGUGGCUUCCUGUGCUACAUAGAGUGGCGGCUGCUGAGACCGCCAAGCACCAGGCCAAGUGUAACAUCUGUAAAGAGUGUCCCAUUGUAGGGUUCAGGUAUCGCAGUCUGAAGCACUUUAACUAUGACGUGUGUCAGAGCUGCUUCUUCUCUGGACGAACCGCCAAGGGCCACAAGCUCAACUACCCCAUGGUGGAGUACUGCACGCCGACCACUUCAGGUGAGGACAUGCGUGAUUUCACCAAGGUGCUGAAAAACAAGUUCCGCUCCAAGAAGUACUUUGCCAAGCACCCCCGCUUGGGCUAUUUACCAGUCCAGACUGUUCUUAAUGGAGACAAUAUGGAGAUUCCCGUCACUCUCAUCAGCAUGUGUCCGGAGCAGUAUGAGCUUUCCCAGUCACCCCAGCUCUCUCAUGAUGACACUCAUUCCAGGAUAGAGCAGUACGCUAGCAGACUGGCUCAGAUGGAACGCUCCAAUGGUUCUCUGCCCACUGACAGCAGCUCAACUACAGGAAGCAUGGAUGAUGAGCAUGCUCUGAUCCUGCAGUACUGCCAGACCCUAGGAGGGGAGGUGUCUCCCUGCAGCCAGCCCCAGAGCCCUGCCCAGAUCCUACAGGGCGUGGAGAAAGAGGAGCGGAGAGAGCUGGAGCGAAUCAUCCAGCGUCUGGAGGACGAGCAGUGGACCCUGCAGAUCGAGUAUGAGCAGCUGAAGGAGCAGCACGGGGGUCAGCGGGGGCCUGGCUCUGUGGGGCGCUGGGACCCUGAGGGGUCAUCUCACCCCAGGGGUCCUGACGAGGCUGAAAUGCUGGCUGAGGCCAAACUGCUCCGGCAGCACAAGGGCCGUCUGGAGGCUCGCAUGCACAUACUGGAGGAGCACAACAAACAGCUGGAGUCCCAGCUCCACCGGCUCAGACAGCUACUGCACCAGCCGGAGAUGGACUCCAGGGUGAAUGGAGUGUCGUCCCCCAGCAUGCAAGAACAAAGGGCCCUCACAGAAAACACAGACGAGCUGUUGUACCAUCCACACAACAGAAGCUCUGACCUGGCAGACGUCUUGGAACAGCUCAACAGCACUUUUCCUGCGUGCAGUCCUUCAAGCCUCUCCUCGCGACCACAGGUGAUGUGAGGACCCUCAGAAAGUUCCUUUCGGAGAGACAGAAACAUUCCCAAACACACAGCUUAUACGCUCUCCCUCGCUUCACUUUUCUGGAGGACAGACGAAGAGCUAGAGCCCCUAACAAGAGAACUCCCUAAAACCCAAAGACAUACAGAACUUUACUGCUAUUAACACGUCGUCGUCUAGUACUAUGCAAAAUAUACAUUUUAUGAACUGUAGAUUGUACCUAGAGUCGGUUAAACAUUUGUCAGUGAUUUGUAAGAACAUGCCGAUUGUUAUGGAGUUCGGGGGCUUUGUAUAAGAGCAUAUGCUUUUUGGGGAUUUUUUUGUUGCUUUUGUUUUGUUCUGCUUUAACUGGGAAUCAAACUGUUUACAUUGUUGUUAUUCCACUGCUCCCCUCUGCUUGUACCCUACUGCCGUCAUCACGAUGGACAUGUUCACUGUUUUCUCUCUGAUUUGGGAACGAGAAGGCCCAAUUUAAGAUUAUCGCCUCAAAUGAUCAUUUUAGACAAUCGGCUCUGUGUCAGUCCUUGAAGCUUCACGUUUGUUUUGAAAAUAUUUUUCCUCUCUUUAAAGCGUUAAUAAUGCUUUUCUGUCGGAGUUGUCAUGCCGGCUGCAAUUGCAAUGUAAACUUAACCCCUUCUGUGCCUAUACAGUUGUCAUUCCAAGUGUGGCAGACUGGUUUAACGUUGUAGUAAUUAUGUUGGAUUGUUGUAUUAAGGUGAGAUAGUGAAAACAAUCAAUUAAUUGAACUUAAAGCUGUUCAGAAAUAAUCGGGUUUGUAAGUGGCAAUUGUGUAGAAUAGUUUUAUAAAUCGAUGUAAAAAAAAUAAGAAAGCCAUGAUUGCCUUGCUGCCUCAGACACAAACACCUUUUCAUUUGCGUGGUCUGUAACUUGUUUCAUUUCAAUUUUAUUGUACUCAUGACAAGAAAACAAACCUGAAAAACAUUCUAAGUGUGUUGCUUAUAGAUGUGUACUGCUUUGGGGAGAUACCUAGUAGACAAAACACAUUCUAUUACUUUACCACCGAUGGGUCUGUGGCCUGCUGCCCCUCAUCAAUAUACUGUGUCUGUAUGUGUUGAUUUUCCCCUGUCAGACCUCUAGCACUGGUCUCUCUCAGAGUUAUGCAUCGUGUUUUGUGCUUUGCUAUCCUGUAAAACUUGUUCGUUUUAAUAACACUACUAUAACCUCCUCCAACUAUGUCCUUGGACUGAUGAUGAUAGAGAUGAUGAUGAUGAUGGUCUUUCCUGAGGUAUGUAGUAUAAAUUGACCACACUACAUGUAAUAUGGCUACAUAUGUUGUAUUCUAAAUACAUUUUUAUAACAGCU